GUAAUUCACGAGAGUGCAUUUCAAAAUUAUCAUUCCACACGCUCGCUUGCUCUAAAGCGCAGCUACAUGCGUGCGAGCGUGACGCAAAGAUACUAAAUUCGGUUUUGAAUACGGCCCUUUCGUCAAAGGUCACUGCAACUGCAAUCUGACUUUCACAAGGAGCGAGUCCCGCGCCUAACGACUCGACGCGAUAUGAGAGCAAGCAAGUUUAUAGGCCAAGCCGCGGAGAGUGCGCCCCCCGUGCCCCGCCGCCCGCUGCCGGCUCAGUCUGCCCCUAGCCGUGGAGGUGAGAACACGUCGCUUUAUGACAAAUCCCCGCGCGCCCCGCUACGUACGUUCGCGACACCAGGAUUUAAAGUGAAGCCUAGUGUAGUGUUUUGUGAAUGGUAGUGUUGUGCAGCGGUGUGUUUGUGAUAGUUCAGUGAGUGUGUGGUAUAUGACCAUAACAGGAUUGUUCGAAACAGAAGCCAUGCGCGUGCGGUGAGCGUCCGCGCCUGCGCGUUCCGCGCAUCUACUUUAUGAGAGUGUGCGAGGGAGCACCAUGUGGGGAGCGCGCGCGUGGCUCGUGCUCGCGGCCGUCGCGUGGUGCGCGCGCGCCGGCCCCGGCCCGCCUGCGCCCGCGCUCGCUCAUGCGCCCGCGCUCGCCUUCGCCCAUGCGCUGUACAACCUCAGUAUACCGGAGAACAGCGCUCCACGCACAGCGGCGCUCCCGCCACCCGCCUCGCCUCCGCUCGGCGUACGGCUGCCGUCCGGCGCGCAUGUCCGUUUCCGGAUCCGGCACGGCGACAAGGACAAGUUCUUCAAGGCGGAGGAACGGGCUGUGGGCGACUUCGCGUUCUGCUUCAUCAGGACACGAGCGGGGCACGCUGACGUGCUUAAUAGGGAGCGUAAAGACUUUUAUAAACUCGAAAUUCGUGCGACCGCUCAACUGCCUUCUGGAAAGCAGUUAGAAGCGGAUACGAACGUAGCCAUCACAAUCACCGACGUCAACGACCUGAGUCCACUCUUCUACCCCACAGAGUAUGACGUUCUGGUCCCAGAGGAUACACCAGCACACGCCAGUGUCGCAAGAGUGUCUGCUGAAGACGCCGACUUAGGAUUAAAUGGGGAAAUUUAUUACAGUAUCGAAGAGAAUACUGAUCAGUUUGCAGUUCAUCCUACUAGUGGUGUGGUGACUAUUACAAGGGCGUUAUCAGCGUCCGAACGCGCUCGACAUGAACUUACAGUCUUAGCGCGUGAUAGACAGUCUUUACUAGUGCGUGGUGAUGAAGCAACAGCAGCACGCGCUUCGUUAGUUGUACGAGUAGCACGAGCGAAUCUCCACGCGCCGGAACUACGCGCUCGGCGUUUACCCGAGCUAGUUGAGAACUCCUCAGCAGAAGUCUACGCUAUCGUAGCUGUAACGGAUCGCGAUUCCGGUGAACACGGACGGAUCGCGUCAGUGGAAAUCGUUGGUGGUGACCCUGAUGGACAUUUUCGUGUUCGGCCUUCAGCGCAGCCUGGAGAGUGGGAUGUGCUGGCUCAUGCUUUAUUAGACCGUGAGCGAACACCAAGAGGAUACAAUUUAACUUUACGUGCUAAGGAUGCUGGCCGUCCUCCGCGCUCUUCCUACUUAACUUUACCUGUGACUAUAACGGAUGCUAAUGAUAACGCUCCAGUUUUCAGUCGGGAAUUAUAUGAAUGUACAGUUUCUGAAACAGCACCUCCAGAGACGCCCGUAAUUAGGCUAAAAGUAUCCGAUAGAGAUGAGGGUCGCAACGCGCGAGUAUACAUAGAAAUAGUAGGUGGGAAUGAAGGUGGAGAGUUCAGGAUUAAUCCUGAUACAGGAGUUUUAUAUACAGCGAAAGAGUUAGACGCAGAGCUUCGAGCGCUUCACACGCUAACAGUAGCUGCCGUAGACCACGGAAAUGCUGGCACAAGGAAACAAAGCUCCGCUAAAGUGCAAGUGGCAGUUCUAGAUGCGAAUGAUAACGACCCUGUCUUCGAGCAGGAUGAACUAGAUGUCGCUGUUCCUGAGAACGGCCCAGCAGGCGCUGUGGUAGCCAGAGUAACAGCCAGAGACGCAGAUUCCGGAGAAAAUGCCUAUAUUUCGUAUAGCUUAGCUAAUUUACAGCCUGUACCCUUUGACGUGGACCACUUUUCUGGUGCAGUGCGCACCGCUAGAGUAUUAGACUAUGAGAGCAUGCGACGCGAUUAUAUGUUAAGAGUGCGCGCUAGCGACUGGGGUCUGCCGUAUCGGCGGCAAGCAGAGUUAAGACUUCGUGUAAGACUGCUUGAUGUGAACGAUAAUAGACCGCAAUUCGAAAGAGUGGAUUGCGUUGGUUAUUUACCACGCCGCCUAUCAGCCGGCGCGGAGAUUGUGACAUUAUCGGCUAUUGACUUUGACGCUGGAGAUGUUGUAUCAUACCGUAUAGUUGGUGGAAAUGACGACAACUGUUUUGGGUUAGAUUCUGGCACAGGCGUGUUGAGUUUAGCUUGUGAUUUAGCAUCAGUACGCGCUGAUAGCAGAGUUCUUAAUGUAACAGCUACAGAUGGAACGCAUUUCGCUGAUCCAACGUCACUUGUUCUACAUCUGACAGGAGCAGGAGCAGGGCCACCGUCAGGUGCUUUAGAAUGUCGAGACACUGGCGUAGCGCGACGCCUAACAGAACUACUAGCGGCCGCAGAACGUAGCAACGCACCUUUAGACGCUGAUGAAUUCCCGUUAGCACCCUCACGAUAUGGCGAGAAUUUACACGCACCUGAAUUAAUAGACUUCCCAGUAGAAGUAAAAGUGAACGAGUCAGUAGCUCUUGGAACGACACUAGUAAAAUUAACAGCCAGAGAUAGAGACCUUGGCUACAACGGACUGUUAACAUUCGGAAUCUCUGGUGGUGAUCCUGAUUCCGCCUUUAGAAUAGAACCUGACACGGGCGAGCUGCAAGUUAUUGGGUAUUUGGAUCGUGAGCGCGAAAGCGAAUACUAUCUGAAUGUCUCCGUCUGGGAUAGUGGGAAACCACGCCGCUCCGCAUCCCGUUUAUUACCAGUCACAGUUCUAGAUGUCAACGAUAAUGCUCCUCGCUUCGAGAAAACCUUAGCCUCUUUUAGAGUCACUGAGAACGCGAUCAACGGGACUGCGAUUUUCCGUGCGAACGCAACAGAUCGCGAUGCGGGCGAAUUUGCACGGAUCACUUAUAGUUUAGCGGGUGGUGCUGAUGGUGAAUUCUGCGUUGAACGCGAUACAGGAAUGCUACGCGUUUGUGCAGCUUUAGAUAGGGAAAGAAGAGCGUUAUACGAACUUACCCUUCGAGCAACAGAUGGCGGUGGACGUUCAGCGGAAGCACUAGUUCGAGUAGCGGUAGAUGAUGUCAACGACUGUCCACCUCACUUUGGACUCUCAUCCUACUCCGCUCGCAUACCUGAGGACGUACCACGUGGUACAUUAGUCGCAGUAUUGGAUGCGUUUGAUCCGGACCUGGGUGCCGGUGGCCAAGUGACGUACUCGCUGCCCGACCAGGCUGAAGACGCUGUGUUCGUUGUAGACGAACGUUCUGGUGUGCUGAGGACGAACAAACGACUUGAUUUUGAGGAGAAGCAGGUGUACGGUGUAACGGUCCGCGCGACAGACGGCGGGCAGCCCGCACUCUGGUCCGAAGCUACCCUCAUCGUAGAAGUACUCGACGUAGAUGAGAACGCACAUGCUCCAACAUUUGCAGAACGAGUUCUAACUGGAUCUGUCCGAGAAGACGCACCGAUUGGGACUAAAGCGUUGCAUGCUUUAGCUACGGAUGCUGAUCCGCCGGGAAGAGAUUCAAGACUAGCUUACUACAUUGUCGGGGGAUCUGGAAUGGCGCAUUUCUCUAUAGAUGACACAGGUGUAAUUCGAACGCUGUCUCCUCUGGACCGUGAGAACACCCCGCACUACUGGCUCACGGUGUGCGCCCAAGACCAUGGACUAGUGCCGCAACAUACCUGCGUUGAGGUCUACAUCGAAGUAGAGAACGUGAACGACAUGGCGCCGUGGCCGGAACGUGCAUCGUACGCCUCAUCUGUACCUGAACACUGCGUCGCCGGUACACGAAUCGCCGUCGUUCACGCCGACGACGCCGAUGAUACGCCGACGCCGUCUAACAUCACGUACACUAUUGUGGCUGGCAAUCCAGAUGGGCUGUUCUCUAUUGAUGAACAUACAGGCGAGAUCGUGACCACCGGCCGCACGCUCGACCGCGAGGCGACGCCCCGGCACGCGCUGGAAGUUUCCUGCUCCGACGGCGAGCUGGCAACAACCGUCCGCGUUUUAGUUACAUUGUUGGACGUGAACGACCACGCACCGGCGUUUACGCAGCGUUUCUAUGAGAUCAGAGUACCAGCGGCUGCCGCUAUGCAAGCUGAUCAAGCUGAAGAGGGUGAAGGCAGCAGCGCCGAAUGGGACAGCGACGACGAGGACGACGGAUCCGGCGCGCGUCCGGCGUGGGACGAGGACAACGAACCAACCGGCAUUUACGUCGCCACUGUAGCUGCACUCGACGACGACUACGGCGCCAAUGGCACAGUCAGAUACAGCUGGAGGGCGAGGGGCGCGGCGCGCGGGGUGUUAAGAGUACAAGCGAAGUCUGGAAAAAUCUAUGCUACUAGAGCGUUGAGGCGGCACGAUGCUUUUGAUAUUACGGUCCGCGCAUGCGACGGCGGCGCGCCCGCGCGCUGCGGCGUGGCGCGCGUGUCGGUGCGCGGAGCGGCGCGCGGGGCCGGCGGCGGCGGCGCGCCCGCGCUGGCCGCGCCCGCGCCGCUGCAGGCCGCCGAGCUGGACGCGCCCGGCUUCCUGCUGCACGUGCUGCAGGCCACCGACCCCGACAACGACCGGGUCUAUUACGAUAUUGUUGAUGGUGACGAAUGGAACGAAUUUCUAGUGGGCCGCGAGGAUGGUUCGCUAGUCCUAGCGAAACGAUUAUUACACGAACGACGCGAUCGCUACGCGCUUACUGUGUCUGCCAGCGAUGGGACUAACACUGCCACAGUCAUUGUAAACAUCACAGUAAUCAACGACGCAAACGAAGCAGGCGUCACGUUUUCCCGCGAAGAAUACACCGUCGACGUCUCCGAAUCCGCGCGUGCAGGGGAGGCCCUAGCCGCUUUGCGUGCCCAUACGGGGGAGGGAGACAGCGAGAGGGAGGAAGAGAGACUGUUAUAUGGCUUGCAUGCUGCGCGCGCUCCGGCGUCAGCGAGACUGUUCAGAGUUCAUGAACUUACCGGAGUUUUGGAACUAGCACAACCAUUGGACAGAGAAACAGCCCACAUUCACGAGCUAACCGUCUGGGCGCGCGACCAGGCCCCGCGCGCGUCCCGUGCCUUCUCCCGCGUCACAAUACGAGUGCAUGAUGAUGACGAACACGCACCAGAAUGGAGAAGGAGGCUCGCAGAGGCCAGAUUACCGAGGAAUGCUGCUGUCGGGACCCUUGUAGCGGCUCUCAGGGCUGCGGAUAGAGAUUCGGGUGAUGCGGCAAAGAUAGAAUACUCGCUAGCGGGCGGCGACUCGGGCCUGUUCGCGGUGGACGCGGCGCUGGGCGCCGUGCGCCUGGCGGCCGCGCUGCCCGCGCCGCCCGCGCCGCGCGAGUACACGCUGGCCGUGCGCGCCGCCAACCCGCCGCCGCACGCGCGCGCCAACACGCUGCCGCUGCACAUCACCAUCGUCGAGCCCGACGCGGCGCCGCCACAGUUGGCAACAGACUCAUACGUAUUCGAAGUAGCCGAGAAUGAGCCUCCCGGCGUAGUCCUAGGUGCCAUCGAAGCCCGAGGUGCAGCCCUACGAUACUCCCUACAAGGCGGCGAGGGACGCUUCGCUUUAAACCCAGCCGCUGGAUUAUUGGCCACUGCUGCAGAGCUAGAUUACGAAGAGACAAGCUUCUACAACCUCACUGUUACAGUGUUCGCAAUGGGUGGAGGCUCAGCAAUCGCCCACGUCGCCGUACACGUGCUAGACCGAAACGAAUUCCCGCCCGUCCUCGUCUCUCGGCGCUACCACGGCCGCGUGUCGGAGUCGGCGGCGCGCGGCGCGCUGGUGUCGCGCGCCGCCGCCACCGCCGACGCCGACGCCGACGCCGACGCGCCGCUCGUGCUCGCGACCGCCGACGCCGAUUCUCCGGCGCACCAGCAGAGGGCGUUCGAGAUUCUACAGCCGGCCGCGGCGGCCUUGUUUGCAGUCCAUCCGACGACGGGCGCGUUGCUUAUUAAAGCGCCUUUGGAUUAUGAAACGGCAAAGAGACACGAAUUCACUGUUAAGGUGGUGGACAUGGGCUCACCGCGCCUGCCAUCCGACAGUACGGCUACAGUAAUCGUAGACGUCGAAGACGUUAACGACUGCGCUCCGAUAUUCGAACGAUCGUCGUACGAGGCAACCGUAUUGCUUCCGACGGCGGCCGGUGUUUUAGUGCAAGCGUUGAAGGCUACGGACGCGGAUCUGCCGGCGAAUGGGACGCUGAAAUAUGAUAUUAUAGAAGGCGACGCAGCCGGCGCGUUCACGGUUUCCGCAACCGGCUUAGUAACCGUAUCCCAACCCGACUUACUACCGGACCUCGCCCGUCUCCGCGUCCGUGCGUCGGACGGCCGCUGGUCCGGCACGGCGCGGCUGACCGUGCGCGCGCAUCCGGCAGAACCGGCCGGGUUGGCGUUCGCUCAGCCGGAGUAUUACGGGGCCGUGGCGGAGAACAGUACAAGACCAGCGACGGUGGCGGUACUGUCCGUGCUUGGAGCCGCGUUGAAUGAGCAUGUUGAGUUUUCUAUACUGAACCCGGUUGAAGGUUUCGAGAUUGGCGUUACAUCAGGGGCAGUACGCAGCACAGGGCUGGCACUCGACCGAGAAGAACGCGACUCUUAUGUGCUUCUCAUACAGGCGCGGAGUGGUACCGGAGCGGACGCGCGCAUAGCGCUGGCGCGGCUGGCCGUGUCGGUGACGGACGUGAACGACAACUGCCCCGUGUUCGCGGGGCUGCCCUACGCCGCCGCCGCGCCGGCCGGCGCCGCGCCGCUCGCGCCCGUCUUCACCGUGCGCGCCGACGAUAAGGACGCCAAUGACAACGGCGAGGUCCGAUACGAGAUGAAACGCGGUCACGGCGAACUGUUCCGCGUAGACCGUCGAACUGGCCAAGUCACUCUAAAGCAAACGCUAGACGCCCACGCCUCGGUGUACGAGCUGGUCAUAGCUGCCUUCGAUGGAGGCUCGCCACCAUGCGGGGCUGAAGCCACACUUACGGUCCGCGUGUGGGCGGGCGGCGCGGCGCCGCGCUGGGACGCGGCGCACUACGUCCGCGAGGCGCGGGAAGACGCCGCGCCGGGCGUGCCGCUCGCGGGCCCGCUCAUCGCUCGCUCCCCGCUCCAGCGUCCGCUUAUAUACUCGCUCGUUGAUCCGCCUACGGACGCUUCGGGAGCACCGCUCUUUGAAAUACACUUCGACACAGCACCCGACAGAGGCAAUAACCCAUGUGCUCUAGUCCCCGCUCUACCACUGGACUACGAGCAAACCCGGGAGUUGGAGCUAGUCGUGCGCGCCACAGAUGGCGUGACGGGCGCAUCAGCGGACGCUUUAGUAACAUUACACAUAAUAGACGUCAAUGAUUGCCCGCCGGAGCUAUCGCAGGACUUGUACGAUGUGGAGGUUAGUGAGGCAGCUGCCGUUGGGACAACCAUCAUUACUUUCACCGCCAGAGAUAAUGACACCGGUGUAAACGGCGAGAUAACCUACUCGCUUUCCGGCGAGAACUCAUCUCUCGGUCUUUUCUCUCUCGACUCCACCACUGGCGCUUUAGUACUAGCUGCCCCAUUGGACGCUGAAACUACCGCUGAGCAUCGUCUACUCGUGACAGCGAAGGAUGGAGGCAGACCGGCGUUGGCGGAUACAGCGCAUUUGAGAUUACGAGUCAAGGAUGUAAACGACGCUCCGCCGAAAUUAGAACGACCAGUUGUCAGCGCCCUAGUAAGCGAGGAAGCCGCCCGCGGCACAGUGCUGGCCCGCGUGGCCGCGUGGGACCCGGACGCGGGCGACGCGGCGCGCCUGCGCUACGCCGCCGCGACCGCGCCGCCCGCGCCGCUGCUGGCCGUGGGCGCGGCCACCGGCCUCGUCACCCUGGCGGCCCCUCGAGGGUGGCCCGAGGACUCCUCGAGAUCGCUCAACGUGUCGGUCUCGGAUGGCGCGCACGCGGCGUUCGCGAGGGUGAAGCUUACUGUGGUGCCCGCGAAUAGACAUGCGCCGAGGUUCCCUCAUCUAGUGUAUGAGGCGAGGGUCAUGGAGAAUCUACCGCCGCCCGUGCUGUUGACUACUGUCAAGGCCGAUGACGAAGACGGCGGCGAGUACGGCACGGUGACCUACUCCAUCGACUCGGCGUUGCUGCGAGAAACGUUCUCAUUGGAUGCUGCCACUGGCGCGUUGACCACGCGAGUGGCUUUAGAUCGCGAGGCCAAGGCUGAGUGGGAGGUGCCAGUGGCAGCGCGCGACGGCGGCGGCCGCCUGCGCCACACCACCGUGCGCGUGCGCGUGCUCGACGCCAACGACCACGCGCCCGAGUUCCCGCUCCGCGAGUACCGCGCGUCAGCCCCCCACAACCUUCAACCGCACAAGCCUUUCCUCACUUUAACCGCGCAUGACGCCGACAUAGGCGAACAUGCGAGGAUUAGAUAUGAGCUGUAUGAUGGGGAGCUGAAUUCGGAUGCGUCAGGGCUGUUUGAAAUAGAUACCGUUACUGGGGCGUUGGCUUUUGCGAAGAACGCUUCUGCUUUUGCGUCCCGCUCAGUAGUAGUGUGGGCGCGCGCCCGCGACGGCGGCAACCGCGCGGGCUCGGCCGGCGUCGCCGUGUACGUGCUCGGGCCCGGCGAGCGCGCUCCCAGGGUGCAGCCGCCGCCUCCGGCUCUGUUCCUGAGGGAAGAUGCCACUCCUGGGACGCUGUUGGCUGAAUUAAGGGCGGAUCCGACUGAGCCUAUACCGAGAUAUAGACUGGCGCCGGUUAACUAUGGAAAGGAUCAGUUCGCCCUGGACGAGCAAGGCCGCCUGGUCCUCUCGGCGCCUCUCGACCGCGAGUCAGCGCGAGAGCUCCCCAUCGGCAUCCUCUGCGAGGGCCCCGGGUCUCCGGCCCCCACCACCUUACUACUGACCACUUUACACGUUCUCGACGUGAACGAGCACGCCCCGACCUUCCACUCGCAGCCAUACGUCGUCCAUUUGGCGGAGAACACUCCUCCUCAUUCUACAGUCGUCAGAUUAAUGGCAACAGACCCAGACGCGGGCUCCAAUGGCGAAGUCCAAUUUUCCCUCGGCGAGGGCGGAGAUUCAGCCUUAUUCGCCGUAGACGCUCGCACAGGCUGGGUGACAACACGAGCGAGUUUGGAUCGAGAAACGAAAGCGGAGUUACGCGUGCCCCUAAUAGCUAGUGACCAGGCGCCGCAGAAGCGAUCUAGUCGCGGCACGCUCGUCGUACGAUUACAGGACUACAACGACUGCCCGCCACGCUUCGAGCCGGCCACAUACUCCGCCUCCGUCCCCGAGGACGCCGCGGCCGGCACCGUGGUCGCCAAACUGACCAUCACCGACGCCGACGCCACCACUUCCCCGCUCGCCUUCCUUGUGGCCUCGGGGGACCCACGGGCACGGUUCCAGCUGAGGCCUUCUGGAGAACUGCUGGUAGCGAGGCCGCUAGACAGGGAGCUAGAGGACAGUUACGAACUUAGUGUUAUAGCGACGGAUGGGAAGUUCGAUGCGCGAGCGACGGUUCAAGUCACUGUUACUGAUGUUAACGACAACCCACCAUACUGCGUUCGGCAUCGCUACCGCGCGUCGUUACCGGAAAACGCGGCGGUCGGAACGCGCGUCGCCGCGCUGGAAACGACCGACGCCGAUCUACCUCCACACGACGCACUCAGAUACUUCCUCGAGGGAGAAGCUAACGAAGACUUUACCAUUGACAAGGAAACAGGCGAGGUGCGCGUGGCGCGCGCGCUGGACCGCGAGGCGCGCUCGUCGUACGCGCUCGCCGCGCACGCGCAGGACCGCGCGCGCGCAGCCUGGAGGUGCGCGUCAGAGUUGCUUGUGACGUUGACGGAUGUGAAUGAUAACGCUCCGAGGUUCUCUGCGGAACUCUACUCUGUGACAUUGCCGGAGGAUGCGGAGUUGGGUACUCUGGUUGCCAAGGUUCACGCCACAGACCCCGAUCUAGGCUCCAACCGUCUCAUCACCUACUCAUUCGUGGAAGAAGAGGGCGGCGACGGCGGCGUGUUCUCUCUCUCACCGGACAGCGGCGUCCUUACGCUACGAGCGCCGCUUGACAGAGAAGCCGCUGCUUCGCAUCGGGUUUUACUGAGGGCUACUGAUGGGGGAACCCCGCCUAAGUCUUCUACGGCUGCUUUGCGAUUGACAGUUGCCGACGUCAACGACAACCCUCCAGAAUUCGAGUUCCGCGAAUACCGCGCCGUCGCCCCCGAACUCGAUGCCCCCGGCACUGAAAUACUCCGCGUCCGCGCCACGUCCAGAGACACCGGCGUUAACGCUGAAGUGUCAUACUCUCUAGUAGCUGGAGAUGAUCGCGAGGAUUUCACUAUAGAUCGUGCAUCCGGAGCCGUCAGCAUAGCGAGACCGCUCGACUACGAACGACGACGCGCUUAUUUACUAACAAUACAAGCUCUAGACGGCGGCUCUCCGCCCCUAGGCGAUCUUGCAACUUUGAACAUAUCAGUUAUAGACGCUAAUGAUAACGCCCCAGUAUUCGCUCAAGCGUCUUAUAACGCUCGCGUUCGUGAAGAUGCCGCGAUAAAUACAAGAAUACUACAACUUAUAGCUGAUGAUUCUGAUGAUGGAGCUAAUGGGAGGGUUACUUAUACAAUCGCAAGGGGUGAUCGCGAUGGACGAUUCAGUAUAGAUGAAGACACUGGUUAUAUUUCUGUAGCUGCGCCUUUGGACCGGGAGACUAUUUCGACGUAUUCGCUUGAAGUUCGCGCACGCGAUAGAGGAUUACCAGCACUUGAAGCUUCCGUACGAGUUGCAGUUGAAGUAUUAGACGCGAACGAUAAUCCACCUCUAUUCGAACGGGCGAACUAUUCUGUAGUAGUCCAAGAAGAUAGACCAUUAGGACAUGCGUUGUUGAAACUAGGAGUGACAGAUGCAGAUGCGGCACCUAACGCAAUGCCGUAUACAUUUGAUUUCCAAGCGGGCAACGAAGCGGGAGCGUUCCGAUUAGAACAGGAUGGUACUUUACGAACCGCUGCACGCUUUAACCAUCGCGUCAAAGAACGCUAUGCCCUACAAGUCCGUGUAUUUGAUAAUGGGGCCCCGCCUUUAUAUUCCGACGCUUGGAUACACGUUCGUGUUAUAGAAGAAUCACAAUAUCCGCCCGUAGUGACGCCUUUAGAGAUUCAAGUGAAUUCCUACUUAGAUGAAUUCCCCGGUGGUGUGCUUGGUCGAGUUGUAGCAUCAGACAGAGACGCCUACGAUACUUUAACGUACGCUAUAACAGCACCGAAACCACCGCUUGGUCUUUUUGAAAUUGAUUCGACAGAUGGUACGAUUCGAGCGGCACCAAGAUUAGAUGUAGGGGAAUACAAGCUUAAUGUCACAGUUGCCGAUGGGAAAUUCAUAUCUCACGCUACCGUCCGUGUGGCUGUUCUCCUAGUAUCUGAUGCGUUACUGGCUCAAGCGGUCGUGGUACGUUUCCGCGCUGUUAGUGCAGAGGACUUUGUGCUGAGUCACAGGAAAGGAUUUGUGCGUGCGGUGCGUGAGGCGGCGGACUGUGAGCCGGGGGACGUGCUGUUGUUGGGGGCGCAGCCUGAGGGGGAUACGGAGGAUUGGGAGGAAGGGACGAGGGCGAGACGACAGGUGGCGCGCGACCUGGACGUGGCCCUGGCCGUGCGCGCGCCGGGCGGCUGGCUGGCGGGCGAGGCGCUGCGCCGGCGCCUGCACGCGCACCUGGAGCGCCUGGAGGAGCGCGCGCGCCUGGUGGUGGAGGAGCUGGUGCGCGCGCAGUGCGGCGGCUGCGGCCGCGGCGCCUGCGCCGAGCGCGUGGAGCUCCGCGCCGAGCGCGCGCGGGCGGCCAUGAGCGACGUGUUCGCGCUGGUGGCGCCACCGUUACGGUUACGCGGGUCUUGUGUUUGUGAGCCGGGCUGGGCAGGCCCGAGAUGCGAGCACGAAGCUGAAUGCAGCGGGGUGGAAUGCGCUGCCGCUGGCCCUCGAGUUCUACAGCUAGCGGGCGACGGCUACGCUUGGCUGCGCGUCGAGCGUGGCGCUGUAGCGGGCGAGCGUAUACCAGAAGACGAGCUAGCGUUAACGCUGCGUUUCCGCACCAGACGCGCUGCGGGCACGCUGCUGUGGCUGGCCGGAAAGGUCGACUACGCUAUACUAGAGGUCGUGGAAGGCUUCGUACAGUUCCGCAUGGAGCUCGGCUCGGGGCCCGUGUCCGUGCGCUCAGCAGUACCAGUAGCUGACGGGGAAUGGCACGAACUGAGGCUGGAGCGGCGAGGAGCUGGCGCCAGGCUCACGGUGGAUCGUCGCGCAGUCCGCGGCGCGGCGCCGCCCCCGGCCGCGCUGCUGGACGCGCGCGCCGACCGCCUGCUGCUCGGGGCGGCGCUGGCGCGCCACGCGCACGCGCUGGCGCCUGAACAGGUGACCCGUGGCUUCGUAGGCUGCAUCACCGACGUGACCCUCGGCGGCACGCUGGUCCCACUAGAAGAAGGCGCGGGUGCAGAGGAAGCCGCUGGACCUCGAGUACAACUAGUCAGGCGGGUGCGGGCGCGACUCGCUUCCGCUUGCGCUCCGCUAGCGCCGCCUACCGCUUGCUCCGGGUACCCGUGUUUGAAUGGCGGAACUUGUCAUGAACUGGCGAAUCUAUUGGAAGAAGGAGCGGAAGGCGAAGAGGGAUAUAGGUGUACGUGCCACGCACGUUUCCUAGGCCGCCGCUGCGAAGUGGACGGCGACCCGUGCGCGGCGCAGCCUUGCCUGCACGGGGGCGUGUGCAGCGCGGCGCCGGCGGGCGCGGCGCGGCCCUUCGUGUGCGCGUGCGGCGCGGGGCUGCGGGGGGCCAGGUGCGAGCUGGGGCGCUGGUGCGGCGCGGAGGGCGCGCCCGUGUGCCAGCACGGAGGGGCGUGUGAAGAGGGUGAAUGGGGCCCGUCUUGCCGCUGCCUGGGCUACUACGGGCCGCGGUGUGAGUACGACGCCGACGAGUGCGCGGGCGAGCCGUGCCUCAACGGGGCCACGUGCCUUAACGAGCCGGGCUCCUUCAGGUGCCUGUGUCCUCCGGAUAAGACUGGCAUGAACUGCGGCAACCCCCUAUAUUCCGACGCCGUAAUGGCGGGCGGCAUCGGCGCGACGAACACACGCUCGUUACGCGACGCGUGGCGCUGGGCCGUCGAAUCAAAAUGGCCGCUCGCCGCCGCCGCCGCCGCGCUACUGCUGUUACUACUGCUCGCGCUACUGCCACUGGCGUUGCUAAGGAGAAGGACGAGUCAUCGUAGUGCGGAGAGCGCGCCGCUGAAUAGCGCCAAAGCGCCGCCGCGGACAAAAAUGUCUAAUUUGGCGGCGGCGCGACCGGCGUCCUGCGCUAGUGCUACUGCUACGCUUAAUAAUUUGGACACGCUGCGAUCUUAUGGUUCAGCAGGCGAUGAACUAGAAGGCUUGCCGCCGGACAUAAGAAGGAACCUCAACGUCGAGCCCGCUGAACGCAAACCGUGGUCGGAGCAGAUGCAUUUACACUCCUUCGUCGACAAUAAGAUCUAUAAUGACCUAAAAGGCUGCAAGAACCGCCUCCGCGCGACGUCCCCGGUGGGCGCGCGCCGCCCGCCGGCGCUGGGCGGAGUGGGCGGAGUGGGCGGAGGGGGCGGAGCGGGCGGCGACGGCGCCGGCGCGCUGGUCGGCGGCUACCACUGGGACUGCUCCGACUGGUGCGGCGGGCAGGGCUUGCCCGGCAUCUCGGAGGUGGCCGGGUCGGAGCGGCCCGACUCGUCCGAGCCGAGCCCCCCCUCGCUGCCCUCCCUCCCCUCCCUGCCCUCGCUGCCCUCCCCGCCGGCCGGCCGGCGCGCCCCCCGCGCCCCCCACGCGCCCCGCGCGCCCCCCGCGCCGCACCCGCCGCCCCCCGCGCCCUUCGACACGGACUCGGCGCCGGACGACUUGGACAUGGAUCACGACCCGCACCACUUUACUGAUGCAUCAUCAUACCUACUCCAUCCAGAUACGUAUCUACCGCCUUGCGCAGAUGAUACAACGGAGGCACCAUCAUCCCCAGUCUCUCCUAGACGUGAAACGAGAGUACGUCGGGAUCCAGACGCCGCCAGUCUCAUUACCAUGCUCGAGGAACGGCACUCGCUGCUCGGCGGCGGCUCGUGCUCGGACGUGUCGGCGCACCUGUGCGAGAUCGAGGAGAGCGACGACGACGCGCCGCCGCCGCCCGCGCGCCACACCGACGUGUGACGCCGGCCGCGCGGCCGCUAGCCGCCCCCGCCCCCGCCCCCGCCCCCGGUACUGUACACGUGUCCGCGCCCCUAGCGGGCAGCGCGAGCCGAGCGAGGCAAUACCAGCUGGUGGAGUAGUGAGCGCGCGUGCGCGGCAUCGACGCAACGCAGGGUUGCAGCAUUUUCCUCGCGAGGCGACUCGUUCCGUUUGGUUGUCUUUUAAGAGCGUUUUCGCAUUGUCCGAUUCGAUAUCGUAUACAGAAUCAUACAUCCACAAUGUCGGGCCGCGGCACACUAUAGCAAACAUUAUGCCUACACAUAUACGUACACAAACAAAAAUUAUCGGUCCGACAGCUGUCGCAGGUCCAUCAUGUCUGAAAUGAUCGGGAAAGGUUAGAGAGUGCCCUGUGGCAUGAAGUUCGCCUUUUCUGAAAAAACAUAUGUUUAUACAUUUUACUUGUAUCCGAUUACCGAUAUCGGAUCGGAAAUGUGAAAACGCUCUUAUACAAACAUCAAACAAACAUACGUCUGUCAGAGUCAGUUUAUAAAUAUCGACAUUAAAAUUUGGUCUCCGGUGGACUUUUGCUGCGUACAGUCUCACAUUUUGUAGAAAGACUAUGUGACAUCGCCUUGUUACACCUGCCUGAACUUAGUCGUAGGACUACAAGUAAAAGCUAUAUUCAAGCAUUUUACCGUUAUUAUUCUCACUAAGAUACCGAUCGAAUUUACACAAAAAGAUCCGCCUCGUGAGGAAAUAUCCGCGCGCAACAUUUAAGCACGCGCGGCCAAAAUGCUGCGCGAGGCAUUUUACGGACCGAGGUGCUUCGCGCGGCAUUCACCGAGCGAGGCGGCUUGCUCUAUGUCGACCUAUUGGGAGGACAAAGUAAAAUUAUUUUAUGUUGACUCAGGAUUAGUGCCAUAUUUUGUUUACAUAAUUUAAUGCUAAGAAUAUUUUCGGUUGUGAAUAAUAAUGAAAAAAUGCUGACCUAAUAAUUGAAAUAAAGACACAAUAUAAUAAGAAACUCCGCACAAUAUUUACAAUACCUAACUAAAUUUAGGAAGAUGUAAUGAUGUGUGAUGUUCAUGGCAUUUUGCCCUUCGGGCAUAAACGUGUCUUUUUGCACUGAUUACUUAAGAAACCUUCACGAUAUCAAAGAUAAUUGAUUGUAAAAAUUUAAAAAUAUAAAAAAUUGUAAUAGAGAGGUAAAGUCUAAGAUAAAAACGUGCCCCUUAGUUUGACAUUCAAAACAGAUGGCGCUGUACUGCGCCAAAUGUUUUGCGGUCACUGAAUUGUCAAACGUCAGAAUUACCGCAAAAAGUAUGUAGCUGUACAGCGCCAUCUCGUUUACUUGUCAAAUUCGAAGCACAAAAUUGUCUUAGAUUUUAGGCAUCUUAUUCAAUUAAUCUUUGACGAUAUAUUCGUAAUGAUUUAAGGUCCACUACAACUGACCUUGGAACUAAAGUAGUUGCCACGGCAGCUUAACUUUGAAAUACAGUAGACGCUCGGUAAUCCGGCACGCCCAGCAAUCUGGCAAUUAAUGACUCAGGUGGGACAAAUUUCAGUUGCCGGAUUACCGAGCGCCUACAGUAGUUCCAUUGUUAUUUUACGGCAGCUUAAAUAACAUUGUAUUCCUUUGAACUUAAGACUGGGAGUGAUAUUUAUUUACAUUAUUUUUUACAGCAACUUAAAUCUAGAAUAGUAAUGAUAAUGAAUGUAUCUAUUAAUUUAAUGGCAACCUAUUCCCUGUACUAACCUAAGUUUCGAACAUUAGUAUUGUAUUCUAAACACCAGACUUAUGGUUCCACAUUGUCUGUUAUAAAAUGUAAUAUAACAUUGUGUGACAGAGACAGCAUGAUAGUAUUGAUAGUGUUUUAUUGUUGUCUGUAUCACACGAUGUUAUAUAACAUAUAACAUUUUAUACCAGCCAAUGAGGGACCAUUAGAUAUACAUAUAUUACUUAAAUGUUCAUGCCAUUUCAUGUUAUUUCAAUUUGUACAGUCAAGGUAUUAAAUAUCGACACGGAGAAAGUGCCAAAAAUAUGUAUACACUACUUUAAUGUAUAGGCAAUAAGGUCGUGUGUAAAUACUUUUGGCACUUUGUACGUGUCGAUAUUUAAUACCUUGGCGGUACUUUUAAAGUGAGAGCCUAACAUUGAUUGUAUGGGAGCUUUAAGGUUCGCGAGACUCUUAAAACUCGACUGUACAUUGUGUAUCAUUUGUGUCAGUGCAGAAAGCACCUUAUUCUAGCUAGCGUAAGGCUCAUUACCGUUUUAAAUAUUUUUACUGAACCGUUUUGUAUUAAACUAUAAAUUUUAGCGAUCAAUAGACUUCCGUUGAAUGUUACGUUAAAACAUUUACGACCGUUCCUGAGUGUGUAAACAAUUAAACAAAUAUAUUUAAGUAAGUAUUAUUGUAAGAUAUGUAUUAUGUACACUGAGCGUGUGUGUAUGAUGUACAUGUGUGAUUGCGUGUGUGUGCACGCUGUAAUUAACUGUAAAUAUAUGCGUCGUGAAAAAUCGUUACCCCCUCUUUUUUAGAAUUUGGAAUUUAUAAAUGAUUCGUCAUGAUUACGAGCUUUUCGAUCAUAAUGGAAGAAAAACAUGUUCCAAUAUUUAUAUACUCUUUUCGUACUUCGAUUUUUCUUUCUGUAUGACCGCUAAGAUUAGGCGGAGAAACACUAUCGGGGCAAGAGGUCCCUCUUAUGUGAAAUCACUGAGAUCUUCUUAACCAAGGCUGUUCGAACAAUGGUUUAAACCUUUUUUUAUCAUAUUAGGUUUGAAAGAGGUUAUUCUAUUUAUUUAAAUUAAAGGGAAGAAUAAAUAAUUAUAUUCCAAACUCUAAAAAAGUGGGAGAGUUCGACGAUUUUUAGAGCGACAGAAAAAAGUACGACUUCUUGUCUAUAAUGUAUGUUGAAUUUUAUAAGAAAACAUGAAGUUGCGCACGAUAUAAGACUUAUCGAUGGCUCGCUAUUUACAUGAUAGCGAUAUUGAAAUGGUGCUCUCAGUAUAGUUUCAUAUCAUAACUCUAAACUAUGCAUUUAUUGAACAUUCUCCUUCUAGGCUAGCGAAUUUAACUUAAGGAAUCUAUUUUUAUAUGUAUGAAGGAACAAGUGGGGCAACGCCCCUCUUAGGGGGCAACGCUCUCCUAAGGGGCCAAAGCCCCAGCGCGUACAACACUGUACAACUCGACUAUUUAUUGUUUAAUGUAUUUUGUUGAAUAAGUUUUGACACGACUAAUAAACUGAAUGAACAAUUUA